AUGAAGCUCCAAGAGGCUGGAUUCGUACAACAGAAAGACAAUAUAGGACGGGAUAAAGGUGUGGGGGGUUGCCUCCAGCGCCUUAAUAAUGCGAUCCAGCGUGGCGCUCACGUGUACCCUUGCAUCGCUCUGGAGCAGCGGCAGGCAAAGCUUCCAGAGCAUAAAACAGACCAAAUUGAGGGUGUAAAGCCGAUCCGCGUUGUCCGUGAUGGCGUGCGUGUUGAUCAGCGUCUUCUCCACCAGGCGAAUUCGCUUGAGCAGGUCGAGUUGGGCCGAGCGGUGGAGAAAAGGCGCAUCGGGGGCGACGUUGGUGGAUUGGAUGAUUUGCCAACUUCGCGAGCUGGGCCCAACCGCCUCCAGAAGAUUCGCCAAAACCCGUAUGCUCGCGCAGGAGCUUUUUAA